CUCUCUUUAACGAUAUAAGGACCUUUGUUGUUGUUGGAUGAAGUCUCGGACCUCGUCCAGUAUGAUAGACACACGAUAACACUUUCCAAAACGAGUAUGAAGACGCUCUUCAAUGCGUGGGCGGUCGUCGCCCUCGCCCUCACCCUCUCCCUCACUCUCAACCUGACCUCCGCCGCCCAUACAUCCAACUGGGCCGUUCUCGUGUCAACAUCACGAUUCUGGUUCAACUAUCGUCACCUCGCCAACACUCUCUCCCUAUAUCGCACAGUCAAAAGACUUGGAAUCCCCGACUCCCAAAUCCUCCUUCUUCUCCCUGAUGACAUGGCAUGUAAUCCACGAAACGCCUUCUCCGGCACAGUCUACUCCAACGCCGAUCGCCGCAUGGACCUAUACGGCGAGAACGUCGAGGUCGAUUACCGCGGCUACGAAGUCACGGUCGAGAACUUCAUCCGCCUGUUGACGGAUCGGUGGGAAGAGGGCGUUCCCUCGAGUAAGAGACUACAGACAGAUGAAGGAUCCAACAUCCUGAUCUACAUGACCGGGCAUGGUGGAUCGGAGUUUUUGAAGUUUCAGGACAGCGAGGAGAUUUCAUCUUGGGAUCUGGCAGAUGCGUUCAGUCAGAUGAGGGAGAAGAGGAGAUACAAUGAGAUGCUCUUCAUGAUCGACACCUGCCAGGCAAACACAAUGUACCGACAAUUCUACGCCCAAGGCGUGAUUGCCACGGGUAGCAGCGAGGAAGAUGAGAGUUCGUAUAGUCAUCAUGCGGACAAUGAUGUGGGAGUCGCGGUCAUUGACCGCUGGACAUAUUAUGUGUUGGAGUUUUUGGAGAAGGAAGUCACCGGUCCAACAAGUGACAAGACAUUGGGCGAUUUAUUCGACAGCUACGACGUGGGUAAAAUCCAUUCUAACCCUGGUGUGAGAUGGGAUUUGUUUCCUGGCGGUGAACAGGCUGGUCGUGGACGGAGGGUUGUGGAUUUCUUUGGUAAUGUUCAAAAUGUCGAGAUUCAGGGCAACAAGACCAGUAUGGAACAACUCCAAGAGGAUAUACAGGCGCUGAAAAAGUUGGUGCAAGAGUAUGAUUCUUUUGCCAGGGCUCAAGAAGCGAACCAGACGGACGUCUUAGGGAAGAGGGCGGAACUGCCCGUUGAGAAUCAGAAGACGUCCAAGACAGCACAACCGUCGGUGGGUCGGGUUCAGUUUUCUGACAACCCUUCCCAGUGGUCCAAGAAGGCCGUGGGAGUGUCGGUGUUGUCUGGUCUUGCAGCGUUAUGGUAUUUCGCCCCCAAGACGGUUUGAGAAGGAUAUCAGGGCAUGUAGAACACAAAAUUUUCUCGAGAGGGAAUGGAGAGCAAUGGAUCGUGUCACUCUAGAGAAAGCAGGGUCUAAAU